AUGUGCGGCAAACGGCAGCUCCGGCUCCCGAUGCGCGCUUUCCCGUACCCAUGGAUCGAGACCGCACCACUGCCGAGCCAGGCGGCCAAACUGUUCGCCAUGUCGAACCCGCUCCCCAGCAAGCAUGAGAUCGAGACCCACAGCUCGGCUGCCGCGAUCGGCCUUGCCGUCCUGGUCGCCGUGGCCAUUGCUGAUCUCGGCCUCAUAGGCUUGGGUCGGCAUCGAGCGUUCGCCAAUGGCAUCCUCGUACGCGGCUUCUAUCUGGCCUACUUUGUCCUCUUUGGUUAUUUGAUGCAUUGGGUCGCGGAUGACUUCAAGCAGCAAAAGCUUGCCUCUGGCGAUUCCGUCUUGACCACACCGCGCCUUUUUGAUGAUAUGGCCCACUGCUCAAUCGAUCUGUCCGCGGCCAUGGGCUUCAAAACUGCGCCCGUCGCCAAUGCUGGACAUGACAAGUCCAAACUCGCCUCAGCUCAAGCUGUGCUACUCUGUUCAAAACAGCUCUACCAUGGCAUCAUGAACUUUUUGGCCUUUUUCCUUGCCGUUGUCGGUGUCUCCAUCGCCUUCAAGAACCAUGCGGCCAAAAAAGUGGCCCACCUCGACUCGGUGCACUCGUGGCUAGGACUCCUAACUACCCUGUUGAUGGCCUUUCAAUUUUUCUCGGCGCUUUUCGUCUUUUUCAUUUCAAAUAACAAGACCUGGCGCCAGCGGCUGCACUUUGGCCAUCGCUAUCUCGGUGCAGCCACCUUUAUCACGGCCUGCUUUGUUAUCACACUCGGCCUGCAAGAGUAUAACUCGGGUACGGCCUACUCGACCUCGCGCCGUGUGGUGCAAAGCGCCACCUUGUGCGUGUGGCUUAUCGCUUUGCACGUGAUUGCCGGCCUUUUUUAUCGUCCCAACGGCCACUAA